GGGAAGGCGGCCGUGUCUCCUCCUCCGCGGCCCCGGCCCCGCUCAUGGCGACGCUGGGCACAUCCGGGCUUCUCCUCCUCCUCCGGCGGCCGCCGCUGCCCUGAGCGCCCGGCCCGACUCCAUUAGCGCCUCCCCUCCCCCUCGUCUCCCUUCCCGGACCCAGAGGCAGGGGGAGCCCCGGGCAAGGCAGCGCCGAGCCCGUGGAGCGGCCGGGGACAUGUCCAACCAAGGGGCCCGGCGGAACGGGCCCGUCAAGCUGCGACUGACAGUACUGUGUGCAAAAAACUUGGUGAAAAAGGAUUUUUUCCGACUUCCUGAUCCAUUUGCUAAGGUUGUGGUGGACGGAUCUGGCCAAUGCCAUUCUACAGAUACUGUGAAGAAUACACUUGAUCCAAAAUGGAAUCAGCAUUAUGACCUAUACAUUGGGAAGUCAGAUUCAAUAACAAUCAGCGUGUGGAAUCACAAGAAAAUUCAUAAAAAGCAGGGAGCUGGUUUUCUGGGUUGUGUGAGACUUCUUUCAAAUGCAAUCAACCGCCUUAAAGACACUGGUUAUCAGAGAUUGGAUCUGUGCAAGCUUGGGCCAAAUGACAAUGAUACUGUUAGAGGACAGAUAGUAGUAAGUCUUCAGUCCAGAGACCGAAUAGGCACAGGAGGACAGGUGGUGGAUUGCAGCCGGUUAUUCGACAAUGAUUUACCGGAUGGGUGGGAGGAACGGAGGACUGCUUCUGGAAGGAUCCAGUAUUUAAAUCAUAUUACACGAACAACUCAGUGGGAGCGACCAACGCGGCCAGCGUGUGAAUACUCCAGCCCGGGCAGACCUCUGAGCUGUUUUGCAGAUGAGAACACUCCGAUUACAGGAACCAAUGGUGCGACCUGCGGGCAGUCGUCAGAUCCCCGGCUGGCAGAGAGGAGAGUCAGGUCACAGAGGCACAGAAACUACAUGAGCAGGACACACUUGCACACUCCUCCCGAUUUACCUGAAGGAUAUGAGCAAAGGACAACUCAGCAAGGUCAGGUCUAUUUUCUGCAUACUCAGACUGGUGUUAGCACGUGGCACGAUCCAAGAGUACCUAGGGAUCUUAGCAACAUCAAUUGUGAAGAGCUUGGUCCACUGCCUCCUGGAUGGGAGAUCCGAAAUACAGCAACAGGGAGAGUUUAUUUUGUUGACCAUAACAACAGGACAACGCAGUUUACAGAUCCACGGCUAUCUGCUAACUUGCAUUUAGUCUUAAACCGCCAGAAUCAACUUAAAGAUCAGCAGCACCAGCAGCAGCAGCAGGUAGUGUCCCUGUGUCAGCUUCCAGAUGAGGCAGAGUGUCUGACUGUGCCCAAGUACAAGCGAGACCUAGUGCAGAAGCUCAAGAUCCUGAGGCAAGAGCUGUCACAGCAGCAACCUCAAGCUGGCCAUUGUCGUAUUGAGGUCUCUAGGGAAGAGAUCUUUGAGGAAUCCUACAGGCAAGUCAUGAAGAUGAGGCCGAAAGACCUGUGGAAACGAUUAAUGAUAAAGUUUCGUGGGGAGGAAGGCCUUGAUUAUGGAGGUGUUGCCAGGGAGUGGCUCUACCUAUUGUCACAUGAAAUGUUGAAUCCAUAUUAUGGUCUCUUCCAAUACUCCCGAGAUGAUAUCUAUACGCUGCAAAUCAACCCGGACUCUGCAGUCAACCCGGAACACUUAUCCUAUUUCCAUUUUGUUGGACGGAUCAUGGGGAUGGCUGUGUUUCAUGGACACUAUAUCGAUGGGGGCUUCACGUUGCCUUUCUAUAAACAAUUGCUAGGGAAGCCAAUUACUUUGGAUGACAUGGAAUUGGUUGACCCUGAUCUUCAUAACAGCUUAGUCUGGAUACUUGAGAAUGAUAUCACAGGAGUCUUGGACCAUACAUUUUGUGUAGAACACAAUGCAUAUGGAGAAAUUAUUCAGCAUGAACUGAAACCCAAUGGCAAAAGCAUCCCUGUGACAGAGGACAACAAAAAGGAAUAUGUCAGGCUUUAUGUAAACUGGCGUUUUUUACGAGGAAUUGAAGCUCAGUUUCUGGCUCUACAGAAGGGAUUUAAUGAAGUAAUCCCACAACAUCUGCUGAAGACAUUUGAUGAGAAGGAGUUAGAGCUCAUCAUUUGUGGACUGGGGAAAAUCGAUGUGAAUGACUGGAAGGCAAAUACCAGGUUAAAACACUGUACCCCAGACAGCAACAUCGUGAAAUGGUUCUGGAAAGCUGUGGAGUUCUUUGAUGAAGAGAGGAGAGCACGACUGCUUCAGUUUGUGACUGGCUCAUCCCGAGUGCCUCUGCAAGGCUUCAAGGCACUACAAGGUGCUGCAGGCCCACGACUGUUCACAAUACACCAGAUUGAUGCCAGCACUAACAAUUUGCCGAAAGCUCACACCUGCUUUAACCGAAUAGACAUUCCUCCUUAUGAAAGCUACGACAAGCUGUACGAGAAGCUGCUAACUGCCAUUGAAGAAACAUGUGGGUUCGCUGUGGAAUGACCCUUCCCAGCCUUACCCGAGACUAUUUAUACUCCUGUCAGCCAGAAAGCCCUUCCCUCAGCCAAGACUCAAGAAAUGCUUGAAAUACAGGAAACCUUUCCCUUUUCUACACUCGGACACUGGGAGGGAAAGGACAACUUUGGAAUUUUUGUUUUUAUUUUUAAUUUUUGAGGUUGUUUUUUAUUCAAGAAAAUAGGUUCUGUGGCUCCUGCCAUAGGAUCAUUCAGCUGCUAUUAAAAACUAAUAUCUUGAACAUACAGAAUGCUGACUUUUCCUACAUUUCAACAGUUAAGCAGUAUUCUAUACUUAAAGACUACUACUAUUUUUGUAAAAGGUAAUCUAUUAUAUUUGCCUACCUGAUUUCUAUUCUCAGAUACCAAGACACAACUUCAGCAGUCGGUACAAGUCACGUUUCAGCCUGUUUUAAAUGUAUGAUACUGAACAGCAUCUAUACCUGCUAUUUUUGGAGAAAAAAACCCUAUUUUGGAUUAUUCUAACUUUGCAUAAAAUUGGCUGAAAGAAUCAUUACUCUUUUUAAUUAAAGCCACUUACGUGUUAACUGCAUUUUCUUAUAGUAAAACCAUUAUAUUCUGCAAUGUAAAUUCAACGUAAAUGUUACCACAGGGGGCUUUUUUAUAUUUUUCAAGCAUGAAUUACAAAUAUGAUGUUUUGGGGUCCUAUUUAUAUCACUUGUCAGAUUCCUUAAACAAAGUUUCUAGUGUGAGUGACACAUGCUGGAUCUGGUACAGCCCUUGUGUUGCCAUGUGGGAUAGACCUUUUUUAAUGAACAGUAGAUGUUUUGAUUUUUUUAAACCAGCAUUUUUCUAACAAGUCUGUCAAGAGGAUUUUUUGUUGCUUUUGACUUUAAACACUGCGUUUUUCAACCUUUAAAGCAUGCUGAUGAGGUGGUAUUUGACAGCAGGAGCCUGUCAGCAGUUCGCUUCAGAACCCAUCCUGUCCAGUCAACCAAAGUUUGUUUGAAUGCAGCCAAAUUGCAUUAUGUAUUUGUUGAUGCUAAAGAUUUAUCAGGUAAAACAUGUUGUAAUCUUUGUCCAGCUGCUCAUGACACGUGGGUUUAAGUUACAACUAAGGAAAAAUGGUGUUUUAACUGAAAUGUAUGUAAUGUGCUUCAGAAAAUGAGGUUUUAAAAGCACAUAAUUUAUUGAUUGUAGGGAUGGAAGUAAGUAUAUAUAUGAAUUAUAACAUGGGUUGAUCUCUUCAAAGGGGAAUAAAAUGCACUACCAGUAGAGGGAACUGAACUUUGAAGUUAGUGUGGAAAUUCUCAGUUAAGAUGUGUAUGAUCUGCUCAUG